CCCGGGGUGCGAACAAGGUAUCUGUCAAACGCUCACUCAGUCCUAGUCAGCCUCUCAGCUCCAACAAACACCACACAGUGAACACUAUCAGCGCUCGUUCGCAGAGUCAUCUUCGGUUUCCAUCAUCCCAUCUUUUUGCUAGCCUUCUUGGCAAACUUUCAGGUGGGAGGUGGGCGAAAAAACAACGGCACAGCCGCUGUUGCAUGGAGCGAUCUAGGCUCGAGCCAGGGAGCCAGGCACGGCGACUCGGCGAGGAAUGUGCGCCAACGCCCGGGACGGCUUGGCGGCCAAUGAUAAGAUAAGCGAUUUCGGGGCCUCGAAAACCUCUCCGCCACCAAUUUGACUUGCGCCGAAUUCACCGAGACGAGCCUCUUAGAUCGACCACGAUCACGCGGUCACUCUCUUUCCGCCAGCAAUGCGCCCCCUCCCGGUGCCCUGCCACCGGGGUAUCCUCAAUCUUACCGCAAUAACACGGCAACAUCGCCUCGCAUGGUCACAACUGUUGUCGAUCCCCCCCAUCAAACGAUCCAUCCACCACACCGCGCCGCUAUGUCGAGGCAAAUCCCCCUACAUGUCCUCGAUUUUCACCGAACCCACCGGACCGGGGCGCCAACCACAGCAGCCAAACGAUGCGCACAAGCCAAGCACGGAGCUCGACACGUCCGAACGGCGUCGAGUCGUGUACAACAAGGACGGCCACGAGCCGCGCAUCCAACCCUACAUGUCCCCCCCGGGCGGCAAAAUACCUUCACCACUCACGCCGCGUUAUAGUCUGCGCGACAGUCGGGAAUGGGCUAAGACACCACCACCCCCCAAAGAACCCCUCGCCAGAGAAGAAGCCGGUUUCCAAAAAGAUGCCCUCUCCGUGGAUCCCCUGAUGCUGCUUUUCGAACAAGUGUCACCGGCCAAGGGGAACGGCGGGUCCGCUGCUGUGGGAGCUAAAAGUAAACCCGAAACCGGCGUCGCGGCGGAAGCGAGCAGCGGAGGGGAGGGGCAAUUGGCGGACAAGGAACAGCAGUUGGUCGAAAAGGCGCGGAGGUUAGAAGAGAUGGAGCAGAGGCUGAACGCGCUGGCCCUAAAGCUGGAGGAGGGGAGAAAAGAACUGGAAGAGGGGAGAAAGGGACAGGAAGAGGAAGAGGGCUGGCCGGCUGUGGAAGAGACACCGGAACCGGAAGAGGAACACAACCCUCGGGACGCAAUGCGAAAGGUCCCCCCACAGCCGGCAAGGGACGAUGCCGAGGCCACUCUCAUGAGGCUGCAGGCGCUGCAGAAAGAGGACCCGGUGGCAGCAGACGGGCACCUCAUGGGGCUUAUUCUGCUCAAGAGGCAGCAACUGGAAAGGGAAAGGGGCAACGAUAUGGGCCCGCUAAGGACGAAAGAGUCGACGACGCACGUAGAGACUCAGCUCCGCCGAUGGAUCACCGAAAACGACCUACACACGAUGAUGAUCCAGCGGAAAGCCCGCGAGGUACGCCGGCGGGUCGAUAUGAUGAAGCGCCAGAGGGUUGCUAUCCGGAAGAAGCUUCGAAUCCCCCCGGAGUCCCCCGAUCCCAACCCUCAGGUGGAAGCCGCGGUCCAGGCAUGGCUGGUGAACAGAGACGUGCAGAUGCUCGUCCGCGAGUCCAGGGAACUUGUACGCAAGAAGGCUAGGUACGAGUACUUGGCACAAAAAGCCGAACGCAGAGUCGCGCGCGCACAGAGUUAUCCAACCCACACUAGGGAGGACCGGCGGAGCAACAUGGAAGAAAAACAAGGGAAAGAAGAGCGAAUGGCGAAACAAAAUAACAAGAAGGAUAGACGGGAAAAUCGGAAAAAGUAUCGGAGACAGGUUAUAGAAGCCGAGCUUCAAAAAGCUUCUCGGGUUCCUUUAAUUUCCGACCCCCUUCCCAGGGCUCCUCCUCCUCCCGACGUUCCGCCCCCCGAGGUUCUUCCUCGCAGGGUUUCUUUCAACACCUCUAACAACGCCUCUUCCAACGCCUCUUCCAACGCUUCUCCCAACACCUCUGACAACGCUUCUUUCGGUAUUCGGUUCCUACCAAUCAAAAAGUCGGAAUUUGGCGAUAUCUGAGCUUCCGUGGACGGUUCCGGUCUCGGCAUACGAGGCACCAGGAUGUACAAUGAUUGUAGAGGAGCGCAGUAGAUACCAUAUACAAGUACACACCAUUAUAGAAAAACCAUGUACUACCAAACCAUUUAUACACUAGGUAGUUGUACACUAGAAUAUUGCCCGCCUUCAGCAAGUGCCGGCCGUCCAGUUCGAGGUUCCCCCCCUUCCUCUAUUAUCGAACACCCCGUCCA